AUGUCCGACACUGGUCGCAAGGAUCUUACCACCAAGGCCAAGAAGGAGCCCAUCCCUGACCCCGAUCAGGACAAGUCUAAGAAGGAUAUCAUUCCUGAUCCCAACCAGGAUAAGUCCAAGGAGAGUGUCACUGACACCACCGAGCGCGCUACCCGCGGCUUGAAGACUGAUGAUAGCAAGGGUAUAAACCAGGAUGGCUUCGGCAAGAUCCAGCGUGUCAGUGACAACCACGGCCGCAGUGGUGCCACUGGGUCAGCUGGUGAUAAGGCUAAGGGUGCUCUCGGCCUCGGCGGCAAUUAA